AUGGGCAAACUAACCUCACUUCUCUUAUUUGCUUUAUUAUCUGCAACAAAUGCAGGACCUAGAUUCGAUUGUCUCCCAGAACCAAAUGGAAAUCAAGGAGCUUGUGAAGCGAGAGGAUGCAUUUGGAAAGAAGAUGAUACUGGAAGAAAUGCACCAUGGUGUUAUUUCAAAGAUGGAGUAGGAUACAAAUUGGAUUCUCAACAAGGGACAACCUAUAACUUGAGAAAGAAUAGUGGACCAUCCAAUCCAUGGGGAGCGGAUUCAACUGAAAUCAAACUCACCACAAAGACAAUUGGAAGUGUUCUCAAUGUUCAUAUUGGAAUCGACGGACGCUACGAACCUCCAGUGGACUUCCCAAGAGAGACCCAAUCAUCCGAUGAAUCUCUCACACUCUCCACAUCCAGUUCGGGUGACUUCUUUUCAUUCGCAGUUGUCCGUCAGAGUUCUAACAGAAAGUUAUUUGAUACUUCUAUUGGAGGACUAAUUUUCUCUGAUCAAUUCAUUCAAAUUGCCACAUAUCUUCCAAGUGAAAACAUGUAUGGCUGGGGAGAGAAUACACAUCAAUCUUUGAGACAUGAUUUUACAAAAUAUUUGACCUGGGCUAUGUUGGCUCGUGAUCAGCCUCCUAAUUCUGGAAGUCUUGACACAAUGAACCUCUACGGAGUACAUCCAUACUACAUGAUCCUUGAACCAGAUGGCAAAGCUCACGGAGUUCUGAUUAUCAAUUCGAAUGCUCAAGAAGUGACCACUGCUCCUGGACCAUCCUUGAUCUACCGCACCAUCGGAGGAAACUUGGAUAUGUAUUUCUUCCCUGGACCAACUCCUGAAAUGAUUACUCAACAGUAUCUUAAAUUCAUUGGAAAGCCAUUCCUACCUGCUUACUGGGCAUUGGGAUAUCAGUUGUCAAGAUAUGGAUAUAAGGGAUUAGCCGAAAUGAAAACUAGAAUUCAAGCUGUUCGUGAUGCUGGAAUUCCCAUUGAUAUUGGAGUUGCUGAUAUUGACUACAUGCAAAGAUACAAAGAUUUCACAACUGGAGACGAUUGGGCCGGAUUCUCUGAUUACGUAAAGACAAUGCACAGCUGGGGAAUGAAACUGAUUCUGAUUUUCGAUCCAGCCAUCGAAGCAACUUAUCCAUCGUUCCAACGUGCUAUGGCUGCUAAUGCUAAAUUCAUUGAAUGGGAAUCCCAAUCUCAAGUUCAAACUGCAAUUCAGAAUUUGUAUCCAAUGGCAAAGGACACUAAAAUCAUGCUUGGAGUCGUCUGGCCAGACAACCACGUGGCAUUCCCUGACUUCUUGGAUUCAACUAACAACACUCAAAAUUGGUGGAUCAACGAGUUCGUCACUUAUCAAUCUCAAGUUCCAUUCGAUGGAAUCUGGAUUGAUAUGAACGAACCAUCAAACUUUGGAACAAAUCAAGAUCAUCCAUGGUAUUUUGAUAGUGCUGAUCAUCCAGAUGAUGCUCCACUCUUCUGUCCAACCAAUGGAUCAAAUCUUUGGGAAAUGCCCCCAUACAAAACGCGGGCGGUCUGGAGAUUCGGCGAUGCCAAUAAUGGAGCGUUCCUUUCAACAAACACAUUAUGUAUGUUGGCUCAACAAGACGGAGGAAAACAAAGAUUCUACAAUGUGAAGAAUUUGUACGGAUUGACAGAAGCGAUUCAUACUCAGACGGCGUUGUUCAAGGCAACUGGAAAGAGAGGAGCUGUGGUUUCAAGAUCAACAUAUCCAUCUGCUGGGAGAUAUGCUGGGCAUUGGUUGGGAGAUAACACGGCCAGAUGGGAAGAUUUGAGAACAUCAGUUAUUGGAGCACAAGAAUUCAAUAUGUUCGGAAUUCCAUAUGUUGGAAGUGACGUCUGCGGAUUCAUUGGAACUACAACUGAAGAGCUUUGUCUGAGAUGGCAACAGAUGGGAGCAUUCCAUUCCUUCUUCAGAAAUCACAAUACAAUUGGACAACCGGCACAAGAUCCAGCUGUUUGGCCAUCGGUAGCAGCGGCCACAAAACAAGCAAAUCUUUUUAGAUAUCAAUAUUUGCCAUACUUGUUCAGUCUUCACUUCGCUGCUUCACAAAGCGGAGGAUCUGUUAUCCGCCCAGUGUUCUUCGAAUUCCCAACAGACGCCGAGACAUUCAAUCUGGGAUAUGAAUUCAUGUGGGGAUCCAGAAUGCUUGUUGCUCCAGUCCUCUACCAAGGAACCACUUCAGUGAAUGUCUACCUGCCAACCGAUCGCUGGUAUUCUCUGUUUGAUUACAAAUACGGAAGUAUCAUUUCCCCUGGAUACACCACCGUUUCAGCUCCAACUACUUCUAGAAUUCCAGUGUUUGUUAGAGGAUACAGUGUGAUCCCUCGCCAAACCCCCGCCAUCACCACAACCGCUACUCGUCAAAAUCCAUUCGAACUUCUGAUUGCUCCAUGUCAACUGGGAAAAGGGGAAGGAACGCUAUUCUGGGACGAUGGAGAAACAAUUGUUAACGAUUUCAAUUCUCAUGAUUACCACCGAUUUGAUUUCGUUUACAAUACAACAUCUACUGGCGGUCUUCUCACAAUCAAUCAUUCCAAAAAGAGCUCAACAAUUUCUCUUCCAACUUUGGACAUUAUCGAGGUUUUCAAUUAUCCGAAGGCACCGAAUUUCCGUUCUUUUACUAUUAACGGAACUCCAGUCAACAUCAACGUUCAAAAGUCAACUUACUCUGGAAUCACAAAAAUUUUGUACAUCUCUACGGAGGGCCUCAUCAAUUUGACAUCUUCUGAUUCCAUUGUUCUUCAAUGGUCUAACGCUGGAAGUAGUAUGUUUGAUAUCGACGUUGGAGUUGAGAAUGGAAAGAUGAAGGCGUUGAACACAAAUCGAUACGAAGAAUUGUACUUUUAA